AUGGAAGUUGUCUGUGACGUAAACUCAAAGAAAAGCGACCAGCACGUGGAUAUGCGGCCUGCUCGCGUUGCCAGGGAUAAUGUUGAUAUUAAGAAACUGAGUGAUUGGUUUUUAGAACAUUCACCAUUCCCUGAGACGCAAGAGCUGAUGUCAAUCAGUUCAGUGGCUGUUGGGGCAAGGUGUAAACUGUUACAUAGCGUGAUCAAUUGGUAUAACCUGCUUGAAAAAUUCCUUGGAAAAAGGAAAUUUUGA